AAUUUUCUCACAAAUCGGUUGUAGAUGCUAACUUUACAAAGCUGCUGACAGAAGCCAGUAAAGAAGCCAGAGUUGAUAUAGAGUUAGUUAUGCCUCAUCACAUGCCAGACGUUAUAGGUCGCUUAAAAGUUCGACUGUCCAGAAAUGGUAUGAAGCAAACGGGCAUUGCCAGAAUAGUAGGCUUGUUAAAGCUGAUUCAUGUUGGUCGUUUGCUUGGAGAACAGAUGAGGGAAGACUGUCGUUUCCAUAGGCAACACACAGAAGGUGGUGCAGUACAUGUUUGGGCAGUAUUUGUCUUCGUUGCUGGUUGGGAAACUAUUCGAAACCUCCUUCUAGAAGCUUAUAACCUAGGAAUGGACAAUGGCGAAUACACUUUCUUCACCGUCCAACUAAAUGAAAACAAAGAGAAGUACGGUGAAAUAUCCUGGUACAAACCUGGAGAUUUCAGAAAUAAGAACGCCCGAAAAAUGUACGAGGCUCUUAUGGUAGUGACUCUGCGGGUUCCAGCUACUCUACAAUACAAGCAGUUUUCUGCAAAAGUUUUAGAAAAUUCUCGACUAAAGUAUAAUUCAAACGCAGACGAAACUAUGGUUGACCCUAUCCUUGGAGCAUUUUAUGAUUGUGUCCUGCUCUACGGAUAUAUUUUAAACAAAACACUUGUAGAAGGAGGCGAUCCACUUGAUGGGAGAACCUUAGCGGAAAAAUUAUGGAACAACACAUUUUACGGUGGAAUGACAGGGGAUAUUUUCAUCAGUGCAAACGGAGACAGACAGGCAGACUAUACACUUAGCGACCUGGAUCCUGAGACUGGAAUCAUGAGGCCUAUUGCAACGUAUUAUGGAAUCCGAAGGCGUUAUGAAAGAAUUACAGGUACAUAUAUCCAUUGGCCAGGUGGACUGAAAGGUCCUCCGCCAGAUAUUCCUUAUUGCGGCUUUACUGGAGAUGCCGUUCACUGUCUACCACAAAAAAAUUUUCCCGUUUUUGGAUCGGUUGGUAUCACAGUUUUUGGAUGUUGUGUCAUUGGUUCUAUUGCUGGGAUAUUAAUGUACAAACGCAUCAAGUACAAGUCUACGUUGAGUGAGUAUUGGUGGAAGGUAAGAUGGCAAGACAUCAUGUUUUCAGACAAAGUGAGUAAAAAAUCUGCUACAAGCCUGCCGCUUAGUGAUGAAUUUACGACAAACGUGAAGUCUUUGAAUCAAACAACAUCCAACGCCAGCUCUCCAAUGGAGGUAGCUGCAUUGAGUGGUGUGAUUAUUGGGUUGUACAAGGGAAAUAAAGUUGUGGUAAAACCGUUACGUGUUAACAAGCUGAACUUGUCUGGCCAAGUACUGAUCGAAUUAAAACAGAUAGGAGAACUUAACCAUGAAAACCUGGUGCGUUUCAUAGGGAUGUGCGUUGAUGAACCAAACUACGCUUUGCUCACAGAACUUUGUAUUCGAGGAAGUCUUCGGGACAUGUUGGAGAACGAUGUCAUGAAUAUCGAUUGGACAUUUCGAUAUUCAAUGAUCAAUGAUGUUCUAGAGGGUAUGAAAUAUAUUCACGACAGCUCACUUGAAUUUCACGGUCGUCUAAAGUCAACCAACUGUGUGAUUGACGGACGUUUUAUUGUGAAAAUUACUGACUAUGGCCUGAAGUAUGUACACGAGCAGAUUGACUUAGACACUGAAAUAAAUCCACGAUCUCUCUUUUGGAUGGCUCCUGAACACCUUAGAGAACCUUUUCCUACGAAAACAGGUUCAAAAAAGGGCGAUGUUUACAGCUUUGCCAUUAUACUUCAAGAAAUGAUUACUCGAUCAGGACCAUUCGAAUCAAUGGAAAGGCGAGGGCGCAACAAGACAAUUCUAGAUCCUGAAGAAAUUUUGGACCGUGUCAGAAUGGGAACAACGCCACCAUAUCGCCCAGAGAUCGCCUAUGAUGAAUGCUCAGCUGAACUAAUGGACCUGGUUCGCGCGUGUUGGUCGGAACUACCAGGAUGUAGGCCUAGUUUCGCAGAAAUUAAACUUCAACUCAAGAAAAUCACCAAAGGUGCAUCCAAUAAAAACUUACUUGAUAACUUGCUGGCCAGAAUGGAACAGUAUGCUAACAAUCUUGAACAGCUGGUCGAAGAGAAAUCUCAGUCACUAAUUGAGGAGAAGAAGAAAACGGAUGAGCUUUUGUGUCAGCUCCUUCCAAGGUUGGCACAAUCUUAUACUC